UUGAGCUGUCAUUAAAAUGCAUUCGAUUUCUGAUUAGUCAAAGGAAUUUUGUGUAUGUGAAUAUUUGGAUAGUAUUCCGACGAAAACUGGCAAAAAUUGCAUACAUCCCAUUUAAUUAAUCGGUUGUUUGCUAACAUUAAAAAUAUUUUUCGUGAAUAAUGUCGACAAUAAACGCAAUUGACCUGGAAUUGAAGCGGGCAUUCACUGAUAUGCAAGUCAACAAAAUCGAAACUACGAAGAAAUUGAAAAUGCUUGACAUUCAAGCUGAAAUGUUGAAAACCUCUAAGAAGAAGUAUGAGAUCACCGACAAAGAAGUGAAAAACCUCACACCAGACACAAGGGUCUACUCAUCAGUAGGGCGAAUGUUUGUUCUGUCCUCACUUCCAGAAGUUCAUACUGAGUUAUUGUCGAAGCAAGGCAAAUGUGAUGACAUUUUGAAAUCUCUCGAUGAUAAAAAAGAAUUUCUCCUGAAAUGCUCCAAAGAACAAGAGGAUAGUUUACGAGAAUUGGUUCAACAACGGAAAGAAGCCACCUCCAACUGAUUACAAGAAGACAACACAACAAACUCGCCCAGAAUUCGCGUUUAACAUAUAUGAAAAUUGCACUUAAACAGAUCGUCUCCAUUCAAAAUUUAAUUUUUAACUAUACUAUAUGGUGAAUAUUUUAAUAAAAACAUAACACAUAUUAUUGUGUCCAAAA